UCGUUCUUCAAUCACGUUGCCGUCUCUUCUUCAUCUCCGAGGCACCACGGUCGCCGGACCGCCGGACGUCAUCUCCGAUUGCCGGAGCAGGCUGCAGCGCGUAGAAGAAUCCGACGGGCAGGACCGGCCCACAGCAGGGGCACCCAGACCAAUGGCACAGGCCCCUUAAAAUAGUACGGAGUAUAAUUAGGCAGCUCCUGUGCAAGAAAGCUAGAGAAGAGUAGAACUGUAGAAGCAGUCUGGAUUUCGGCCGUCCAAUUGCCCACUCCCAAAAUAUUAAUUUGCAGCAGCCCAAGGAAAUUCAUUAACUAAUCAAUCGACACCAAUCCACAUUCCCCCAAUCGGCAAUUUGCUCUGCAGGGACAAAGGAAGGACGCCACAACGGUUGGAAUAAGUCCAGGAGGGUUACCUGAAGACUCCACCGCGCCUCGCGGCCGCCCCUCCAGCCUGUUGAAUAGGUGAUUCUGCUCGGCGCUCUCAGGCUCGCUGAACCAGUCACUCUUUACGGGAAAUUAGCGAAGAAAAUUGCAUUAUUAGCGGUGGUAAGAUACACUGAAAAGCUCUGAUCAGUAACUGGAAUGGCCUUUCCAAGAAUGCUGCAUCACCUUACUCGUAGCCUCACUACACUUUCUUCAAGAUCACUACAAGUCUGUAUUGUUGGUAGUGGGCCUGCUGGAUUUUACACUGCCGAUAAGAUUCUUAAAGCACAUGAAAGAGCUGAAGUCAAUAUACUCGAUCGGUUACCGACGCCAUUUGGGUUAGUCCAAUAUGGUGUUGCUCCAGAUCAUCCUGAAACCAAGCAUGUUCUCCACAUUUAAAAUCCGUUCAAUUGGGAGCAUCACCAUAGAGGAGUCAGACACUCGGACAUAUUCCCCCCGUAAAAUUACUGCUUCAGGCUUUCAGCACUGGUCAGAAUUUAUUAUAUGACAAGAAUCCACAACGUCGAGCCAAAGCUGCUGCAAGCUUUGCUUCUUGCAUAUUACAUUAAUUUGUGACUUCAAUAUCGUGUCUUUUUUUUCAUUUAAGGAGGGGCAUGGGUAGUUACGGCUUAUUUUAUUAUGUUAAACAUUAUUUGUAUUAUUGUUGUUGAUGAUGAUGGUCUUGCUGCUGUUGUUAUUUUGAUUAGUGUUAUUUUUUUGAGAUAGUUCUCUUAAUAUGCUUACUUCACAAGAACAGAAUGUGAUAAACCAAUUUUCUCGGAUACUUCAAGAUGAACGCUGCUCAUUCUUUGGAAAUGUCUCUCUUGGGUCGUUGAUAUCCUUGACUGAGCUGCGUGAUCUAUAUGAUGUGGUAGUGCUUUGCUAUGGUGCUGAAGGCGACCGAGAUCUUGGCAUUCCUGGUGAAGAUUUGUCAGGGAUAUAUCCUGCUAGAGAGUUUGUCUGGUGGUAUAAUGGGCAUCCUGACUGCAGAUACUUGGCUCCAGAUUUGAAGAACACUGAUACAGCUGUUAUUGUUGGUCAGGGAAAUGUUGCUCUUGAUAUGGCCCGUAUGCUUUUGCGACCAACAGCAGAGUUGGCAAAAACUGAUAUUGCCUCCCAUGCCUUGGCUGCUCUAGAAGAGAGUUCUAUAAGAAAAGUUUAUGUUGUUGGCAGACGUGGACCGGUGCAAGCAUCUUUCACUGCGAAGGAGUUGCGUGAAACUCUUGGUAUCAAGAAUUUGUUCAUUCACAUUGACAGAGCAGACCUGCAUAAAACUCCUGCUGAUGAGGAUGUACUCAAGAAUAAUCGGAUCAAUAGGAGAGUUCAUGAGUUGUUGUCUCAGGAAGCUACUCCUACACCUUUAUUCCCUUCUCCUGGGCAACGUGAACUGCACUUUGUUUUCUUUCGAAAACCAGAUAGGUUUUUAGAAUCAGAUGCUAGGUCUGGUCAUGUGGCUGGGGUGCACUUUGAGCGAACAACUCUUAGAGAUGUUGGAUCUGGAAAACAGAUUGCAGUUGGUACAGGACAGUUUGAGGACAUUAGAUGCGGGCUGGUUUUGAAAAGCAUUGGUAAUAAGUCAGUAUGUGUAGAUGGCUUACCUUUCGAUCACAAGAAUGGCAUAGUUCCAAACAUUAGAGGCCGUGUCCUAAGUGAUUCUACAUAUCUUACAGAGGUUGAGAAGGGUUUAUAUGUAUGUGGUUGGUUGAAAAGAGGAGCAACUGGAAUCAUCGGUACCAAUCUUUACUGUGCUGAAGAGACUGUUGCUAGCAUCUGUGAGGAUAUCAAGAAAGGAAUUCUACCAUCUGACUCUUCAUCAAAGCCAGGGAAGAAGGGCCUUCUUGAACUACUAGAUACAAGAAACUCAGUGGCCGUCGCAUCUGAAGAGAAGAAAGAGAGUGUUUGAGAAAUAAUUUGGUUUUGACAGAUCUUCCAACUGCAACUGCUCAUGUUUUGAAGAUUGAAGUAAUAAUAUCUCUUACAUUCACAAGUAAACCCUAAUUUCUUGCCUUGGUGCUUUUGCUCAGAUGUGACAUGGUGUGUAAAAGCCUAAUUUGGUUUCAUGCUUUCUAAUUUUUACAUUGCUAAUUGUUAGGUCUAUCUUUGCGGUUUCAAGCUUUUUCAUCACAGUGCAUAUAUUAGGAUCUGACAAGUGUAUGCGUGUUUGGCUCAUUGUAAGGUUUUGCAUACAUAAUUAGAUGUCUUGUGUAAAACUGUAAAUGCUAUUUUCCCAACACAGAUUUGGGAAUCAGUUUCUUCUUGCUCAUCCGUUCUUCACUGCAGUAAACCUUUGUUUUGUCUAUGGUUGUAUUAGUAGCAGCUCCUGGCGUGUUUUUAUAAAUCGGCCAUGCAAAACAUUAUACAUUAAUUUACAGGACAGGUUCACUUCGAAAGAAUGUAGUCAGUGAGUAAGCACCUAAACUAAUGUGCAUUAUUGGUUCACC